AUGGAUUUUCAACUGUUAGAAAAAGAUAUGUAUGGCGAUGUGGAGAACGAUGAAGAUCUUAUGGCUGAAUUGUUAGCUUUAGAGGCAGAAGAACGAGCUGCUGGACAUAUGUCUUCAGCAUGUACGGAGAGAACGAUCGAAUGUAGCACACGUCAACCUGCUUUAGAUCAUCAUAAAUCAGCUGAACAAGCUUCACAGCGAACAAGUGGCGCAUAUGGCAUUUCAAGUAUAUCGGAUAUAUCAGAUGAUGAUUUGAAUGGUAGUGAUGAGGAAGAUGUGAACGAUGCAGAACUUUUGGCAGAACUAUCUGAUUUGGUUGGACAGGAAAGUGGUGCUGCUUGUGAGAUUGGACCACCCGCAUCUUCGGAACCGUCUAUUCCUUUAAGAUCAUUAUGUCAGUCUGCUGUUGACAUGUCAUUACUUCGGAAAUUACAAGAACUUAAGGAGGAAUAUACUUCAGCACUGGAAGCUGCAAAAGAGAAAAAUGAUGUAUUGCGGGCUAAGAGGUACCAAAGAGGAUUUAGCAAGAUCGAAGAAUUAAUACAAAAGGUGCAAGCAGGAAAAAUGAUAAAUGAAAAUGAUAUUCCGGUUCCAGUUAAAGGAAUUCGUUCUACAGCGGAAGCUGGCGCUUCAGUCAUUUCCAAAACAGAGAUAUCUACAGAGCCAGUAUUGCGAGCUGAAACAAAGCAAGCGGCUGUGGAAGAAAUCAGUGAACUCUCUGGUACUUAUCGAAAACCAGUUAAGAACUUGCUGAGAGGGGAACAACUAAGCAUAGAAUUAGCAAGUCGUCGAGAAUCCUAUAUCAAGAAUGCUAAAGCAGCUAGUGCAUUGUGUGACAAGAAAAAAGCUUAUGAAUAUUACAUGGUUGCGAAGCAGUUUGAUGAAGCAAUUAAAGCUGUGAAUGAUGGGCGAGUGACGGAAUGUGAGGAGAAUGAACUUCCACCUCCAGCCGUACCCUACAGAUCAAUUAAGCAUAAUGAAAUCCCUUCUCCUCCAAAGACGCUACUAGAUGGAUUGCAGCAACGUAUGCAGAAAUAUAAAACUUUAUGUGAUCAAAGUCGAGCGGAAAACAAUGAUCGGAAGUACAGAAUGAAUGCUCGUAUUUUGAAGCGAUAUGAAGAUGCACUUAAAGCGUGUCGUUCAAAUAGACCAGUUGAUAUAAGUGAAUUGCCGUGCCCUCCUGGAUAUCCACCUCUUCCUCCAACAGGAAGUAUGACUGCUACUACCACAAAUGGAAUAGUGAUAUCUCGAAGAGCUCUACCUGAAGUUAGCCCAUUUGCUGCACCUGAACUAUCAAUAUCAGGAAGGCAGUCACGCCAGAAACAACAACUUGAUUUUUUACUCAAGCGACAACUGCAAUUCAAGGAAGUUGCUAUUGCUGCAAAGAAGAAGGGUGACAUAACUGCUGCCAAGAAGUUUUUGCUUGCUGCAAAGGGUUUUGAUAGAAUGAUUGCUGCCUCCAGAAAUGGUCUGUCUGUCAAUAUUGAGAAAACACCAGUGCCACCACAAGUUCGCGCAUGUGCAAAGACGCUUAAACCAUCACUGGAGCAUCAUACAAGUUUUGAUGCUGCUAUUAAAGGAACACCUACUGAAAUAUUUGCCACAAUGGAAAGAGAUCUUAUUUAUCAAGUAAAACUUUGUGAAGAAUGUAGACUUGCUUUUACACAGUUGGGUGAUGUAACUCGGGUAAAGAUGUUCGAAACCUUGUCCGCCAUUUCAAAAAGGGACUUAAUACUUCUACGCGAACUUGCCAAAAGGGGUGCAGCAGUGCCACAGUUCCGGUACGAAACUCGAGAUAUACCCUUGGUAGAAGUAUGCUUUGAAGUAGAUGAAAAUCACAUCGAAUUGACAAUAAUAAAAGUAACCGAAGCAAAAUUACCAGCAGGUUGGAAAUCGUCUGACGGUUAUUUGUUUGUAAAAUAUAAUUUUGCAUUUCCCCACGACGCUCAUCAAACUGGUAAAACUAAAGUUAUAGCUUCCACGAAUUCGCCAGAAUACAAUCAGAAAUUCCUCCUAACAAUCAAUCGGAAAACGAAGCAAUUGCAAAGAGUCAUUAAAAGAAACUGCUUAAAAUUUGAGAUUUACCAAAAGGGUGGUUUUCUAAGAAGUGACAAAUUGAUCGCUACUGCCGAUUGUAAAUUGAUUGAUUUGGAAGAAAAAGUACACAUUAAUGAAAGUGUAGAUCUAAUGGAAGGCAGAAAACAAACAGGAGGGAAAUUGAAUUACCAGUUACGUAUUCGCGAGCCUUUGAAUGGAAAAAAGCUUUCAAUUACGCAAAAAAAGUGGUUGAUAUUGGAACUUUGA